AUGUUGCCUGCCCAGCGCAAGAAAGUGGAUCUUAGUACCAUGACGGAAGAGGAGAAGAAGCUGUUCAGUCUCUACGGCAAACUGCCGAACCACAAGAAUGUGUUGAUGAAGAUGCAGAAAGAUCGCAAGUAUUUUGAUUCUGGAGACUAUGCUCUGUCAAAAGCUGGUGUCGCUCCUGAGAAUGCUGUUGGCACUGCGAUACCUAGCCCUGAGUCGUAUGUUGGAGCUCCUACACUACAUCCAUCCGCUUACCAUGCCAUCAGUAUUCCUCACGCGUCUCCCCCUUCUUCGCAUCCUCCCCUGUCUGCUUCCCCCAAUCUUCCCAACAGCCCGGCGAAAGAAUCAGCUCCCAAGGCAGAGGGAUCCUAA